GCGAAGACAAUCAACUUCAUUCAAGUCAGUCGUGUGAGAAUAGCACAGUCGCACUGUUAGCAAUAAUGUCCGAUCGCAUGGGCUUCUCACAGGAAGGCAGUAAAUGCGACAGGAAGAUUUGGUAGAGAAGGUGGAAAGGCAAUCGAAGAUCCACGAAUUAAUAUGCUAGUCAGUCGCGGCGCACGCAUGCAACCCUAAACCAUUGCCGGCAUUACAGCAAUGCUGGAAUGAUGUGGGAGAAACAAAGUGAGGAACACAGUGUCGAGCCACUCGGUUGCUAGAUUGCCUUUACAUGCGGUAGGGAUGGGAAGGGAGUUUCAUCGCCGUUGCGUAGUGCUACUGUGGAAGAGAAGAGAUGUAAAACGAAUUGAAACACAGAUGGGAAAAGAAUAUUGAAGGCGAAGAAGAAAAUAACGAUAGUGAACGCGCAUCGCGCAUGUUAAACCGAACUGGAAGCGAAAGAAACGAAGCACAGCACUACGGAGAGACGAAAGAGACAAAGAGUAACAACAGAACCUACCACAGCCCGCAAGCAAACAAACACGUACGAUCGGGUGGACAGUGUUGAAGGGAAAGCAGACUGUAGUGCAAGUAGAUUGUGAAGAAGCAGAACGGGAAUUGAACGACGCGCGACGAUUUGCUUGUAAUGGAAACAACGCUCGGCUAAUGGUGGAAGGUGCCUUGAGGCGCGGUCGAUCCGUUCAUUCAUAAAAUCUUCAUUUGAACGGUAACGUUGAAGUACAGACGCUGAGAGCCAGCGCCUCUGCUCUUCCUCUCCCGUACGCUUGGUUUUUGUGCGAUAGUCGUAGGUGAUUUUGCAUCAUUAUUUGUGACGUUUUCGUGGUUUAAGGUACAGAAAGAAAUAAACGCAAGGGAUAGUAAAUCCACGUUCUAAUCACAGCUUUUCUAGUCGCGAAAGAGUGAGAGAGAUAGAGGAGAGAAAGAAACAGCGUGUGUGUAUGUUUGUGUUGUGUGUAAGAGAAUUUGAGGAAGAUCAAGUAAGGUGUGUUGCUAGCUUCUUUUCGGUGCUUACAAUGUAUCAGAUUGCAACAAUUAAUUAUGUGCACUGAGUUUUGAUAUAUCCUGUAGAGUGCUGUGUUCGCGCUUAAAAGAGUUUCUAACUUGUACCAAAAGCAUCGCCAGUGAGUGAGUUGUGAAAUAAACAAAUCUUUAGCAUUAUGAAAGUGCACCACGCCAGUGUAUAGUGCAACUGAUUGUGUUUGCAGCCAGGUUUUUUGGCGUGUUAUGUACGAUUUCAGCCGUAUAGUGCAGUGUAUUUGUUUGCAUUAUUUAUGUGAAUAUAGUGUAUAAUAAGAACAAGUGUAUAUCUAGGCCCUAAAGAGUUUCGAUGAGAGUGUGUAUGGAGCGUUCUGUACUGUCGCGUUUUGCUGAUAACUGAUUUUGUGCAGCUGCAGCACUUAUCACUGGUUGGGAUUGGUGACAAAAGUCGGUUCAGUUUAAACUUCCAUACCCGUGCUAAAAAAAAGAAAGAAGCAGUGAGAUAUUAUAAGAUUCGCAAUACACGGACGCUUCAACCAGCGAAGAACGAUCUUCUACUGGCGGGACAAGCGCGUGAUCGCGGAGGUACAGUGGAACUUGAAUAUGAUGAUAAGGCAUAUCCAAGCAAUGGAAACGGACCUGGCAUACGAGGUACUGGCGGAUUAUUCGCUGCAAGAGACCCCCUUCUACGAGGCUCCGACACCAACGGCAGCUGUUAGUGUCAACUUCUAUCCACCACCGAACGAUAUCCAAUCGCCCCAUCAAAGCGGUCCUCAGCAGUCCCGCAGUUUGAACAACACAGCUCGUUGCUACGAUACAGCAUUUGAUCUUUCGCUGACUACAUCUAUGUUAACUGGCAAAAUGCAGCUUAUGAACACGGGUAGUGCUACAACAUCGGGACCAAGCGUCGGGGCAAUAGGUGCUUCUGGAGGAAUACAUCAGAACAAUCACCAAAAUCAACACCAAACCGGAAUGGCGUUGGUUCCGAUGGGUGUUUCUAACCUUAGCUCUGGAUCAUCAUUAACAUCAUCAAUUUGUAGUGGAGGCAACGGUGAAGGCCUGACGAGGCCGAAGAAAAUGAAGAAAUCCGUCAGUUUUCUACCAACCUUUGUACAAGGCUGCGAUGGCGAUUCAGGUUCAAUACAGCUCAAGCAGGAACCGUUGGACGAUGGACCUAUACGAAAUAUUCAAAAGGUACCAAGCCUUUCCGAUCUGUCUGAUCCCGAAGCAUCACUUGAUGUCCCAACACAGAUGCCACCUUUGACGCCGGGUACAAACAAAAAACUGACUGAAGUACUCUACGCAUCAUUCGCUUCUUGGGAGAAGGAAGUACAGACAUUCAAAAUUACCAAAGAUCCUCGGCAAUGGACAGCAGAACAUGUGCUAAUAUGGUUGAACUGGUCGAUCAAAGAAUUCUCCCUCGAGGGUGUGAACAAGGAGCCGUUUCAAAAAAUGAGUGGCCGCGAUAUAGUCGGUCUUGGUCGCGAAGGAUUUCUAGCUAUUGCACCACCAUUCACCGGAGAUAUUCUAUGGGAACACUUAGAAAUACUACAAAAAGAUUGCGAAAAGGCGCUUCUAGAGCACAGUUCUUCAGUUAAUAAUGGUGGGUACGAUGCGUCCUGCGGGCAGGCGGCUGGCAGUGUUGGCGUUAACGAACUCAAUGAGUACAACAGUACCCUUCAGCGGUUAAGUGGCCAGCAGCAAGAAUUUGGAAGAGGGAAUGGCUCGAGUAGCAAUAGCAACAGCAGUAAUACUCCCGCAUCUACCUCCAGCACAACUCCCGGCACGACCACUCCAAACAGCAGUAGUACUACCAACACCAGCAGCGGCAGCAACGGAGCGUACGGAUCAGUUCAUGAUCGCAGUACAAAUGAUCGUUCACCGCCACCUCUAAUAACUUCGAGCGGAGGUAACGUAGCAAACGGUAGCACUAACGGCAGCAGUAGCACAUCUUCCAUGGCAUCCUACCUGUCGUCCCUCGGCUCACGGGGUCCGCUAAAUGGGGGCAACAGUUCGGGAACAGGAGGGUCCGUCUACCAUCAGCAGUCAGGGAGCGGUGCUGCGAUGAAGGAGGAGCAAGAACCAAACAGUUUCAUUAACAUUGAUGAUCUGCCGAACUAUGGAGUUGUACCCGGCCAUUAUGACGAUCAGGAUCAGUACCACUCGCUGCCAGCACCGGAAACCCAAACGACUUCACACGGAUACCUCGAAAACAGUCCCGAGUUUUACUCAGCCAUCCAAAUGGAACAAAAGUACAUGCCACCGCACUACAAAUCGGGUCCCUAUACUAGCCGAGGAGGUCGCUAUCAUCAGCCACACCACCACAGCAGCAAUGCCAGUGGCGGAGGAGGUGGUGGUGGCGGAGGAGGUGGAUCGGGAAACCAGCAUACACAGCAGCAGCACCAUCAACAGCACCAGCAGCAGCAACAGCAGCAACAGCAGCAGCAGCAGCAACAGCAGCAGCAGCAGCAACAUCAGCAUCACCAUCCUCAUCAUCAUCCACAUCACCAUGCCCACCAUCAUCCCGCCAGCCAUCAUCAGACGGCUCACCACCCUGACAGCGGUUAUCCUGAGUAUGGAUCACCCUACGAUACCCCUCCGUUCCAGACCGUUCCGAGCAAUACGACCUCACCGCAAAGCUCGGCUACUUCCGGCAACGGAGGGCCAGGUGGUCCCGGAGGAGCAAAUGGAAGUGGUAACAGCAACAAUAAUAACGGAGAUCUGCUCGGCGGUCAUGUUGUAGAUCCGUGGAGCUUACACCAUCCUGGGCAGCAUCCGCACGCCGGGGCACCCCAUCCAUUGCUGGACUUUCAACAUCCGGCGUAUAUGGGCACGACCAUGGGCUUCGACAAGACGAUGCUAGGCACGUAUGGAGCUCAAGGUGGUGCACCGUGUUUUACCGGCUCCGGGCCCAUUCAGCUGUGGCAGUUUCUUUUGGAGCUGCUAACGGACAAAACCUGCCAGAGCUUUAUCUCCUGGACCGGAGAUGAGUGGGAAUUCAAGCUGACCGACCCGGACGAGGUCGCACGGCGAUGGGGUGUCCGGAAGAACAAACCAAAAAUGAAUUACGAAAAGCUGAGUCGCGGCCUCCGGUACUAUUACGAUAAGAACAUCAUUCACAAAACGGCCGGCAAACGAUACGUGUAUCGAUUCGUAUGUGAUCUUCAAACACUGCUGGGCUAUUCAGCAAAACAGGUGCACGAAAUGGUUGAUCUCAAACCUGAUAAAAAGGACGAUGAAUAGACUGUGUGAAAUAAGCGGAACUAACACACUCGAACAUACAUACACAAACCCACCCACACACUCACAUACACACACACACUCUGUAACUAUCGUUUCGAGCAAGUGCGGCUUGAUAAUACUGAUCUCCUACUUCUUCUCCCGAGCCACAAUCGGAAAACGGGAAAAUUGCUUCUCUAACCACAAGGUGAAGAAAAGCAUCUAACUAUCUAGGGAUGGAAGAAAAUGCGCGCAUCAGAUGUAAAUGACUAACGCGAAGAAAAGUGACUACAAAAGAUUUCCCACCAAAACAAAAUGUAAAACAUUACCGCUAACGGACAGCACGCCCAUUUGUACACUACGAAAUUGUACAUGCUAGUCUCUUUCGAACGAGCACGUUAAAAUGCAAUUGAAUGUGUAAAUUCACUAUUCUAAAACCGAUCUGUAACGUUAACGGUCCACUAGAGCAUGUUUUGGUUCCUUUCAAAAGAAUUAUUUAACGUGCUUUUUUGCAGAUUCGCUGUAUGUAGCUCCUUUUUACGAUGCAGAGGCUAUUCUUUCGCUGAUGGGAGCGUUGAUUAUCGUAUCAGUGAACAGAGUAUUAUAUUUGUUUUACCAUGUAACGAGGAAUGUGUACAGAAACGAGGAAUGUGUGUUUUAUCAAACUGCAACAAAAACACAACAAAUAGCGAUUAGUAAUUUACGAACAAAAAGCUUCCAAACCCGACGAACAAAAACACGUUAUAUGGUGUGCUGAGUGCAAAUAAGUAAAAACAACACAAAAAAAAAACAUGUUAGCUUAGGAAAUCAAGCAAGCCCCUAUAAGUUAGUGAUGAGGUAUAAGACAACUUACAAACAUCUACUUAAGCACUGCGCCACAACAACGCCGACACGAGCACGGGCACCACACGAACAACAUGGAAUGGUCCUGUGUUUGAGACAUUUAAUUAAAACACUGUUGUAAUGUGUAAAGUUAAUACAAUCAAUCAAAUUAAAUGUGUGGCUUUCCAAAAGUGCAUUUUAGAUGUAUGCGCUAUACAGAGUCUGGGAGAUACAACAGUGGUUACAAGAUCAGAAAAGAAGCCUACAGGAUCUUGAAAUGCGAGUUAGUUAAACCAAUUUCGAAGCUUUGUGAUAAGUUUUUAUUGAUAGGUUUUUUUUUAAUUAUAUGUAAGUUUUUUUUGUCUGUUUAACAAUAUUCCUGCAAACAAACAUGGAACGGUCCCAACGGUCACAGGCAGUUCCAAUCGCGUGCCCAAUCUACUAUCUUACUACUUAGAAUUGCCUUGGAAUUUUGCUUUCGUAUUACAGUUCCAAUGGAACAUUGCUUACAUUUGAUUUUUUAUUUCUUGUUUUCUCUUCCAAUCUCUUGCUUUUUCUGGUUGGUUCCCUUAUUGUUCUAAUCUUUUAUUGCUAAAUAAUAAUCGGCAAUGAAAGUAAUAAAUUUUGCUUGCACUUGCAAGGAAUCAAGGAUAAUUCAGAUUGCGAAUAGAAACAAAUAUAUUACGGCAUAACAGCAGUAGCAAAAAAUAAACAAAAAACGUUUCAUGUUAACAACAGUGUUAACAGAAUAUUAACAAUAAAAAUAAUAAUAAUAAUAAUAAUAAUUACAAUUAUAAAAAAAAUCGGGAAGGGGAGGAAAAGUCGCAAGCAAUACAACUUUUACCGUUAACAUCCUCAUCUUGAAAGUUGCACUACACAUCUUCAUUAAUGUGUACUUCAAUUCUGAGUGCCUCGUUUCCAUCAACAAUAGAUUUCGGCAAGGCCGCUAUUCAGAUUUGGGUGGUGCAUUUUGUUUUAUUUUGUUUAUUUCAUCAUUUGUGUUAUUUGUUUUAAACGUUAUUGCCCCGACGGUAAUAUGAAGCUAUGUAAAGAUUAAAUAGAGUACAGGAAAAGAAAAAAACGAUCAAACCCCUGUUAAGAUUGUUUGGAAAAUACAAUUUGAGAUCAAAUCAUGACUGUCAUGAUAUCGGCAUCCAUGUUUUUGUUUUGGAGGCCGUAGGUAAAAAUCAGAAGCACACAACAGGCACACGAAAAACAAAGCUAGUUAACCCAAGUAUAAACUGCUACAACAUAUACAGAGUAUAUGCACGAGUUGAUUGUAAGUGAACUACGAAAAGCUUCAUGAUACAACAUUCAAACGAUAAUUAUGGGUUUAAUCAGUCUCAAAAGCUGCAUCUAUUUGUUUGUCGAGCACUCUAUCGUUGUGUCGGGGAACAAAAGUACAAUCAAUCUGAUCAGGCUAGAGCAAUCGAACCAACGAUAUCCACUAACAUUCACGCUAAAUAAUUGCAUCGCUGUAGGAGAGAAACCGAUUGGAGUCAAAUUGUCCAAAAAAAAAACUUUGUGUGUGUUUGUGUGUAUUUGUAUACUUGUCGGCCGUGUGCAGUAAUUCAAACUAUAUGAGCAUUGUAACAAAAUAUCACAUCCAUCAAACAGUUAGAUGGGUCGGUAGCGUAAAAUGAUGUAGUAAAGUAAAAACGUUAAACGCAAAUGCAGGUUACUAUAAAUUGAUGUAAAAACAAGUAAAACAGUAGUAAAGUAAAACGACGCAGAGAGGAACAUAAAAGAAAAUAAACCCUUAUUUAGUGGUAAGGAAAAGAUAAGUAAUUAUUGAAAAUAAUAAUAAUAAUAAAAAAAUAUACAAAACCAAA